CUUACCUUCAUUAGUACCAGUUAUCUGGCGAGUAGCAGGCCUCCACAUUCUAUCUUAAACAAGAAAAGGGGAAAAAAUGCGAGAAAGAUGGUGGUCGUCGACACGAAAAGCAAGUUGUUUGCUCCUCAAAUGGAAUUCAAACUCCGCUGCUUAUUCAUCACGCCGUCGUCAUUGGCGGGCCCGAGCGCCUUCGUGACUGUGUUCUUGUCUCUUACAUUCACGCCGCAUUUCUGCUUUUCAACAGUGAGUCGAAAUGUCAGGAAAACGAUUGGCCGAGUCUCCUGCUGGUCCUUUUCAGCCGUUAAAACGUGUAAGGAGAGACCGUGACGAGGUCAAUUACCUUGAUGUCACCAAUGAAGACGAUGCGAUUCCCCCUUCUCCUCCGGAUACGACCCUCGUACCUCGCGGCGCCACCAUCAACUUCAGCGCCUUGACACGAAAGCUGGCUCAGACAAGAAACUCAGCCGAUUCAGCUGUUGACUUAUCUUCCCUGGAUGCUCAUCGAAGGCAACAGAAUGUCCUUGUCUCUCACAUCUUUAUGGAACAGGACUUCUCGUGGCUUCACCUGAAACAUGAUCACGCUUCCCGGCCACUCUGGAUUAGUCCCGACGAUGGCCACAUCAUCUUAGAAGCCUUCUCACCUAUUGCCGAGCAAGCACAGGACUUUCUCACCGCUAUCAGUGAGCCUGUUAGCAGACCGGCUUUCAUCCACGAAUACACUCUAACUCCAUACUCACUAUAUGCGGCUGUAUCUGUCGGCCUUCAAACUGAAGAUAUCAUUGAAGUUCUUAAUCGCCUUUCUAAGGUUCCUGUCCCUGACAGCAUCAUUUCCUACAUUCGUGAUCGAACUCUGAGUUACGGCAAGGUUAAACUCGUUCUCAAACACAACAAAUACUUUGUCGAAUCGAGUCAUCCCGAGACCCUUCAAUUAUUGCUCAAGGACAGAGUAAUCCGAGAGGCGCGCAUCGUUUCUGCCCAGACUGAUACUAGUAUCAAAGCGGCUACUUUUACCACCUCUAAAGCUCCCGUAAAGGGGAAUCUGGUUAUUCCGGGCACCAAAGAAGCUGAAAAGAAAAAGGACGAAGGUUCUAAAGUCGGACCGUCUAACACCGUUACCUCCGCUAAUCAGUCUGAUGCUGAUCUAUUUACGUCCGUCGUUGGAGUUGAUGGAGACGAGAUCGACGAGGACGACGACAAUGUCCAUGCUUUCGAAAUCCAUGAUGCAAAGAUCGACGAUGUCAAGAAACAAUGUACAGUACUAGACUAUCCUAUGCUCGAGGAAUACGAUUUUCGAAAUGACACCGUGAAUGCGAACCUUGAUAUUGAUUUAAAGCCCGCCACCGUGAUCCGUCCAUACCAAGAGACUAGCCUGAGCAAGAUGUUCGGAAAUGGUCGUGCUCGUUCAGGCAUCAUUGUACUUCCUUGCGGAGCAGGGAAGACCCUUGUGGGAAUCACUGCCGCAUGUACGAUCAAGAAGUCUUGCCUGGUACUAUGUACUUCCUCUGUGUCUGUCAUGCAGUGGAAGUCACAAUUUAUGCAGUGGUCGAAUGUGACUGACCGCCAGAUUGCGGUAUUCACUGCGGACCAGAAGGAGAAGUUUGCUGGCGAAAGCGGGAUUGUUGUGUCGACAUACUCUAUGGUCGCAAAUACCCACAACCGCUCCCAUGAAUCCAAGAAAAUGAUGGAAUUUUUGACCUCUCGGGAAUGGGGUUUCAUGCUCCUAGACGAAGUACAUGUUGUACCAGCUGCAAUGUUUCGUCGGGUUGUCGGAACGAUUAAAGCGCAUUCCAAACUUGGUUUGACCGCAACCCUUGUCCGUGAAGAUGACAAGAUAGCGGACCUAAACUAUAUGAUCGGGCCCAAGCUGUACGAAGCGAAUUGGAUGGAUCUUGCUGCCAAGGGACAUAUUGCGAAUGUGCAGUGCGCGGAGGUCUGGUGUCCAAUGACACCCGAGUUCUAUCGUGAAUACCUUCGGGAGCAAUCUAGAAAACGCAUGCUUCUAUACUGCAUGAACCCCAACAAAUUCCAGGCGUGCCAAUUCCUGAUAAAGUAUCACGAGGAUCGAGGAGACAAGAUAAUUGUAUUCUCCGACAAUGUUUUCGCAUUGGAGGCAUACGCGAAACGUCUGGGUAAACUGUAUAUCCAUGGUGGUACUGGACAGGUUGAACGGAUGAGAAUCCUCUCUUGGUUCCAGCAUAGUCCCCAGGUCAACACCAUCUUUCUCUCUAAGGUCGGAGAUACAUCUAUCGAUUUACCCGAAGCGACAUGUCUGAUCCAGAUAUCAUCCCACUUCGGAUCGCGCCGGCAAGAAGCACAGCGCCUAGGGCGCAUAUUGAGAGCGAAGCGGCGGAAUGAUGAAGGGUUUAAUGCCUUUUUCUACUCCCUCGUAUCCAAGGACACGCAGGAGAUGUUUUACAGCACGAAACGACAGCAAUUUUUAAUUGACCAGGGCUACGCCUUCAAGGUGAUCACACAUCUGGAUGGGCUCGAGAACCUACCCGAUCUGGUGUACCGAACGAAAGAUGAACAGAUCGAGCUUAUCCAAUCAGUGCUCAUUGCGAACGAGACUGACGCGGAUCUGGGUACCGACAUUCGUGCUGGAGAAGGUGAUCUUGCAGGUACGAUUACCUCAAAGGACUUCGGUCCGACAAAAUUCCCGGGCGCCCAGCGCACAACUGGAUCACUGGUCGCAUUGAGUGGAGCGCAGCACAUGUCGUAUGUCGAGCAAAACAAGUCCGCGAACAAAACACUUGCACGUGCAGCGGCCCCUGUUCCGCAGCGACAUAAGGUGUUCACCAGACGCGACAAGGAGAUGGCGGCCGCGAGAAAGGCAGCGCGAGCAUCAGGGGCGGCGGGUCGGACAGGAUGAUGAUGAUGUGUCGGGGCCUGGAGUUGCCUGGUCGGGGUUUCGAAUGUGUGCAGGGUUGUGUGUUCUGGGGAGUUCUCACGUGUAGAUUCGGAAAAUGGGAAGAGUUCCGAAGCGUCUUUGUCAUGGCCUGCCCUGGUGAGGCUAAUGUUGCUUAUCUCGGCAUAAGAAUGGGCAAUGCAUGCAUGCGGGUGACCGCCCGUUUGAAGGCAACGAGAGGAAGCUGUCAACACAAUGCAAAGCUGCAACAGCAACAGCAACAGACAAAGUUGCUAAGAG